GGUUUUCAGCUUUCAGUGACGCGAUCUCAGUUUGUAAUUCACCGAUUAUAGGCUUUGAUUUUGAAUUUUCUCACUCCAAAUUGAGUUUCUCCUUCUCCAAAGCUUCAGUUUCGAUGGUUUUGAUGGGGCGGUCUAGAGUGGGAAACGGGAGAGGGGUGGGGUCACCGGCGCCGGAGGAUCAUUUGGGCGCCAGCAUGGGGAGGGGAAGGACUAACAGUGUGGGUGGUUGAGAAGGGAGGGCUGGUUGAGCCCUACGAACGGAAAUAGUAGCUAAUUAUGUGAAAUGGUAGCAAAACCUAUGUUUUUUGCUUUUAGGUAGCAAAAUAAAAUAAAAAUUUAGAUGAGUAGCAAAAGUCAAAGUAGUGUAUUUUAAUGGUAACAAAGGUCAAAAAUUUUCCUUAAUUAAUUUUUUUUACUAUGAUUUAUUUAUUUUAAUAUUAUCGAGUUGAAAUAUAGCUUGCUCAACUCGUGCUUGUACAAGUUACGAGUUGAGUUCGAGUCAAGUUCUAAUCGAGUCAAUCCGAGUUGCUCAAUUAAUUAGCACCCCUAAUUGUCAUCACUAUUACAAUAACAUUGUUACUCGUAUUAUAAUUGUUGUAAUUAGGUCAGAAACAAUUAAACUCCACUUUAGAUUGGGUCUCGUAAAUUUUAAAUUUCGGGACAAGAUUGGGUCUCGAGUCAUCAGGUAAUCUGGGUCAAGUAAUCAAGUAUAGGUUAGGAUUGUUAGGUCUAGUGUGAAUCUCAAUAAUGUGUGCAUAGACAAAAAGUAGACUAAGGGCCUUUUCCAAUUUACUGAAAACAAAUGAACUGAAUUGAUUAGAGUUGAAAUGAACUGAACUGAUUAUGAAAGUAGAAGAUUAGGAUAUGAAAUGAACUGAACAAAACUAAAUUAAACUGAAAUUAGGAUAUGAAAUGUUCUUAAGCAUUUCAUCCUUUUUAAUGUGUUUUUUUUUUUAAAGAAAUUUAAAUGAAAAGUGCUCUAACUCUGCUUAUUCCUCUAAAAUCAGAUAUUCACUCCUCCCUUCAAGAUUUACAGUACCAAUUUAUUCCAUUUUGAGUUUUUGAUGACAUCCAUUUUGAUCUCGUGCUUUAGCACGGGUACAGUUUUAAAAUAAGAUGAAACAAACGGACCCUUUAGAUCUGACGGUUAACAUUACUCUAUGCGUGUCAAUUAAUCUUCCUCCUACGUUUUAAAUUUUUUUUAUGCAGCACCCCUUCUUCCCCUCUGUAUUUUCCAUUGAAGCGCGUACUCUGAAACCUCCAUUGAAGCGGGUUUUGAGCUUUCUCUCCUCCAUUGAAGCAACUUCUUAGGCGAAAUGGACAAUUCAGCUGCAAACCAGCUUCCGGAAGUGGAUUCUUUGCCUGAUGGUUUUGUUGAGAGUGCUCCAGACUCCAUAGCUCCUGUGACACCAUUGAAUGAAAAGGAGAAAUCAUUAUGCGACUACAAAGAGAAUAAUUCAGCGGAACCGGAUAGUUCAAGUGAUUUUAGCUAUGAUGCAUCACUAAAUGGGUUUGUUUCAGUUGAAGGAAAAGGGGAAAAGGUGACCAAAGUUCGCACAUUUCCAGUUCCAUUGUCUGAGAAGGAUGGUUAUGAAGCUUCUGGAGAAUCUGCCAAUGUUUCUGAUGAUGGCUGCUUUGAGCAGAGAGAAGAUACUUUGGCAAUCAAAGCUGAAUCAUCUACCUCUGCUUCAGGAGGAUCUGAUUUAAGAAUGGGCAGUACUGAGAAAGAUAAAGGUCAAUCCGAAGUCCAAAGCGCUGAUAAAUCAUAUCUAGGGGGAUCAGAUGUACGCAAUAAUUCAAAAGAAGCACAGUCAUCUGAGAAUCUGAAAAACCGAAAGGAAACACUCGAAGGGAAGCGUAAAAGUUCAAAUCGUACCUUCAAAACUGAGCAGGAAUUUUUGGAGUUCACUUUAAAGUAUAAACAAGUUCUUACAGAGAGAGAUGCAGCUAUUGCUGUUCGAGACAAGCUUGAGUCAUUGUGUAGGGAGUUACAGCGUCAAAAUAAGAUGUUAAUGGAUGAAUUUAAAAGAGUAUCAGAGGAAGGGCAGAAUUUGAGAUCAGAUUUAUCUACCAAGUUCGAGGAUGCUAUAAAGGAUGUGAGUGUAAGGCUAGAAGAGCAGAAAGGAGAAUGCAUUUCUCAGCUGAAAGAGAAUGAAAUGCUAAGAGACAAAUUGAAGCAGCUUGCUGAUCAUUAUACUCAGUGUCAACAACAAUAUGCCCAGGAGCUGAAGCAGAAAUCACUAGAGCUUAAGAUUGCUGAACUGAAAGUUGAGCAAAAUGAGGAAAAAGUGGCACAUGAACAGGCUCAAAUAAAGGUAUAUGCCGAGAAAAUAUCACAGCUUUUGGAUACUGAAAAAAGUCUACGUCAACAAUUAACAGCUGAUGGAGAAAAAUUUCAACAGUUUCAAGAUGCACUGCUGAAAAGCAAUGAGGUUUUUGAAACAUUUAAGCAAGAGAUUGAAAAGAUGUCCAAAUUGACAAAAGACCUGAAAAAGGAAAAUACCUUCUUGAAGAGCAAAUGUGAGAAAUCAGAUUUUACUCUUAUAGAACUCGUUGAAGAGCGGGAACGUAUGAAGAAACAAUUGGAAAAGACAAAGAACCAAAAGGAAAAACUUGAGUCACUAUGUCGCUCACUACAAGCUGAAAGAAAACAGGGUUCAAUUGGCUCUAGUCAAGCUGAAUCUGUUCAAGUCCAAGAAUGAACGUUGUACUGACUCCUGUUUCUCGAGACUUUUACUUUGCGCCAUAGAGAUAUCCAGUUCACAAGUUUUUGUUGUAAAUUCCUUUUUACUUAACUUCAUCUGAAUCAAGCUCUUUAUCUCUUUUGUUACUUGAAAAUGAAAAUAUAGGAUCUGUAUUUUCAACUGUCUCGUCCUGUUAACUGCCUACUGGCUUUGAAACUCAAUAAUUCUUUUCCCUCAUAUUUGAAGACUAUCAGAUUUGUGCUA